AGGAGGUAUAUUGUUGUUGCACCGGUCAUGCUUUGGGAGAACGAUGGAAUGUCAACGGUGAAGAUCUAUAUUCAGUCCUACUCGUUUUGCCGUGCAAUAGUGUACCUUCAGUGGGAUAUCUAGAAAGUCAGUAUAUAGAGAAUAAUGGCUCGGGUGGUGAAAGUGUUUCGGACUUUAAGAAAUCACUGGAAAAAGUCCACAUUUGCUGUAUGUGUGCUGUCAUAUGGAGGACACUGGUUGUAUGGAAAGCACUGUGACAGUGUGCUGCGACGAGAAGCAUGUAUAGAGGCCAGGGAGUUUGGUCAUCAGUUAAUUGGACCUCAGGAGCAUCUGAAGAAAGCCACAAUCAUUCUCAACCCUGCUGCCUGUAAAGGAAAAGCCAAUAAUUUGUUUGAGAAGAAUGCAGCUCCCAUUUUACACUUGGCUGGUAUGGAGGUUAAAAUUGUGAAGACUGAUUAUGAAGGCCAGGCAAAAAAGCUCAUGGAAUUGAUGGAGCAAACAGAUAUGCUGAUCAUUGCUGGUGGUGAUGGGACAUUACAGGAGGUGAUAACUGGCCUACUGCGCAGGGCAGAUGAGGAGACCUUCAGUAAAAUACCAAUCGGUUUCAUUCCUCUGGGUUCCAGUAACUCUCUAAGUCAGAGUCUGCAUCUAGUUUCAGACAACAAAGUACAACACAUUACCUCAGCAACCCUGUCAAUACUGAAAGGAGAAACUGUUCCACUGGAUGUUCUGCAGAUAAAAGGUGAGAAGGAGCAGCCAGUGUUUGCUUUGUUAGGCUUACGUUGGGGUGCAUUCAGAGAUGUCGCUUCUUCUAUAAGCAAAUAUUGGUAUCUUGGCCCCUUGAAAACGAGAGCAGCACAUUGGUUUAGUAGCCUUAAGCAGUGGCCACAGAGUCACCAGGCAUCCCUCUCCUAUCUGGGUCCUGUUCCUCGUCCACCUGACCUGCCCACUGAAAUACCACCCCGGCCGAACCUCCUCUACCGCAUCUACCGCAGACUCCAGAACUACUGGAACCCUCCUAUAGAAGAGCCACUGAAAGAGCCCGAGCCAGAGCGAUGGGAGAGCAGAGACGUGUCCACAUUGGAGCUCUCAGUUAGCACACACAAUAAGAACCCUGUGAAGAGACGUGUGGACGAUUCUAUGCUGAUAUCUCUGGACCCAGACUCCCUUACAGUCGGUCAGUUCAUCACUGAGGGGACUAAGAAAGCAGUGAACCCAAUGGAGUCCAUAGAAGAUACUUUGCAGAUAGAAGCCAGUGCUGCUUGUCUUAAACUCCCAGAGGAGGGCGCUGGAUUUUAUGACAUUGACAAUGAGGAAUAUGAGGCAAUGUCUGUGGAAGUAAGACUGUUGCCACGGAAACUGAGAUUCUUUUGCAAUGCAGAGCGCAGAGAGCAGCUUGCAGAGGCUCAGUGAUGACAGUGGUUAUGUAACAAAUUGUGGAGAGGACUGCUGAUUUUUUGAGACGUUUUCCUAAAACUGGAAAACAAACCAGUGGAGUCAAAUGAACUUUGAGUUGUCAUAAAAAGUCACCAUACUCUAACUGAACAAUUUGUGUUCUGUGGACCUUAAAGGGUUAGUUCAACCAAAAAAUGAAAAACUUGUCAUCAUUUACUCACCCUCAUGUCAUUCCAAACCCUGUUCAUCUUCGAAACACAAAUAAAGAUGUUUUAAAUGAAAUCUGAGAGAUUUUUCUCCCUCCAUAGCUACGCAACUGACACAAAAGUUCAUAAAGAGAUCGUAAAACUAAUCCAUAUGAAUCGAGCGGUUUAGUCCAAAUUUUCUGAAGAGACUCGAUCGCUUUAUAUGAUGAACAGAUUGAAUUUAGGCUUUUAUUCACAUAUAAACAUUCAACACACAUCAUUUAUGGUAAAAAGAAGCUCAAGCAUGUUCGCUUGACGUUCGAGAACCAAUGAAGUUCAGUUGAACUUCUAUUUAUGUUCGCUGAUCAAUAUUUAUAUGUAAAAAAAAUUAAUUAAAUCUGUUCAUCAUAAAGCGAUUGUGUCUCUUCAGAAAAUUGGGACUAAACCACUCAAUUCAUAUGGAUUUGUUUUACAAUCUCUCACUAUCUCUACCAACUCUUUGAAGCACCGAAGUGGUAGUUGCGUGGACUGUCAAUGGAGGGAUAGAAAUUCCUCAGAUUUCAUUUAAAAUAUCUUCAUUUGUGUUUUGAAAAUGAACGAAUGUCUUACAGGUUUGUAACGACAUGAGGGUGAGUAAAUGAAGACAAGUUUAUCAUUUUUGGUUGAACUAUCCCUUUAAAUGAAAAGGCAGUUUUAUGUGUUAAAGUAAGUUUAUGUCUCAUUAAUGGUGUCAUUUUGAUGGAUUUUUUAACAGCAUGGAUGAGGUUGUCAUACUGUUAUUAACUUAUUACAGUCCCUACUGGUUUAUUUUGAGAGAAUGUUUUUGAGAGAGUGCAAACAUGGCUCUAGAACUUGCUUAAGAAACAAUACAUGAUACUGUAAAUAUCCAACCAGAUAAGGACCAAGAAAUAAAGACAUUAUCAAUCUCUUA